AUGGUUAAAGUUUAUUGUACGGUAUGUCAUAAACGAUGUAAAGGUGAUGUAUUGAAAAUUGAACAACAAUUUGUUCACUACAAAUGUUUUCAAUGUAUCAAAUGUCGUAAAAAUUUAAAACAAGGUGGAUUUUUUGUUAAAGAUAAAAAUUUCUAUUGUCCAAAUGAUUAUCAAACAGAAUUUGGUUGUGAAGUUGUUACAGUAUUGGGGAAAACAUUUCAUACUCAUUGUUUUCGUUGUACAACAUGCAGACGUUUAUUCAAUUCAGGUGAACGAACCACCAUCGUGGAUGGAUCUUAUUAUUGUAUGUCAUGUUCAUCAAAUCUUACAAAUGGUGAUGUACUGCAUAAAACUGUCGAUGGUAACGCCCGUGAUAGUAGUGCUGCGGCUGCUACUAUUACCAAUGGAUCGAAUGGUGUCUGUUCUACUUCAUCUUCUCCAUCAUCUAAUUCUCCUUCAUCAAAAUCAGAUCACUUUAAUCCAUUGUCGUUGUCAACAUCUGGUCAUCAGUCACAAACAUUACCUACAAUAAGAACUUCUCCCACUUCUACACCAAUACGUCAUUCAGUUAGUCAUACUGACGGUAAUAACACUCAAAAUUAUAAUCAUUAUCAACAAAAUCUCAUUUCUGACGCUAAUCUUAAAUCAUUUACAUCUCUUAAUGAUCAACUAAGUGUACAAAUUCAUGAGAAUGGUGUUCAAUUUUAUUUGUUUGAUUACUUUUCAGUUCCUGGCAGUGAAUACCAUAAACAGAAGUUAGAAGAACAUGGGAUGGGACCAGUAACAAUUGAUACUUUACUAUCUACUACACCUGGACAAACUGUAUCACCUAAUUCAUUUACACCAUCAGCAUGUGAACGACGUAUCUGUCCACCAGGUGUUGAUUAUGGUCGUCAAUAUCCUAUAUCUUAUCUUCAAUUAGCAGAACAAGGUUUUACCGCUAUAAUGAGUAGUGAAGAAUUAAAUCCUACUGUGAAUAAUCAAAAUGUCGGUCAUCGAUCUAGAUCAUUAGCAAGAUCUAAUCAUUUCAGUUCAUCACAUCAUACACCAAGUCAUCAUCAUAUAUCAAGACGAGAUGUAGUUAGAUCAGCGACAAGUAAUUCUAUGCCGUUCCGACGUUCAAAUGAUAUUGAAUUACAAAAGCAAGUAAAUGGAUAUAGCCCAUCUAAAUUGCCAAGUUAUAGUGGUACAUCGAUAUCUGUUGGAGUAUCGAACACACCGAUUUCACUAACCGGUCGACCUAAACGUGAUAUGUAUGUUCGACAACGUCAACUUUCACCUGGUUCCAGUUCUCUUGGGUCUGGUGUUAUGGGUUUUCGUCGCUCGGAACGAAUGAAUUCAUCUACAUUGCCACCAGGCUUAGAAAAUAUGCGCCAAUCAACAGGUCGUUAUUCCUGUCGAUCUACUCCGAAUGUAACUGGGAAACGUGGAAUGACUCAGUUAGCUGAAUCACUUGUUCGACCUCGAGUUGAUCGUACUGCUAGUCCACCAUCUGCUACACUUUAUUGGUCUGAAGCGCGAAGACUUGCUUCUUUUCCAAAUGCUCGUUUACCAGAUUCCAAUAGUUUACCGGCUAUAGACAGAUAUGAUUUUCCUGCUCCACCUUCACCAGCUGUUGUUAUGAUUGAUAAACGUCGUGAGAAACGUAUGACUGGUGUACAGUCAGUUGGUGUAGAUAGUAGAAAUGGUACUUUAAGGAAUGGAACAAUGACAUCAGUCGAUACAGACUGGACUGAUCGGGAUCCUGUAUUAAAUGCUAAACUAGAUCGAAUUGAUGCUGAGAUUGAGACAUUGAAACGAUUAGGUGAAAGUUCCGGUAUUACAGCGGCUCUUAUUCAAGAAUUGGAAGCCAGUAAAUUACAUGUUCAUGAGACAGAUUUAGAUCCGAUUUCUGCUUCACGAUCACCGAAUGCAAAUGUAGAACCUGGUUACAAAACACGAUAUAGACGGCAUGGAUAUACAUCUCCAUCACGUGAUACUAGGAGAGAUCGUCGAAGUGGUCAUAAUUUAUCCUAUCGAUUGGAAUAUUCCAGUACCGGUGGACGUUCAGGAACUAUACCGAGCUUCUCAUCAACUCCACGUCCUGGCUACACGUCUGGAAUACUUUAUGGUCGAGCGGUUAGUUUACCGCGACCAUUUAUCGGUGUAGAAAAUGGUGAUACACUAUUAGAUCAAAGUACAUUGUCUGGACAUGUUCCAGUUGCAAGUUCAGGUAUACGUGGAUCUUUAUCAACAACUUUGAGAACAAUCCCAUCACGUCAUAGUUAUCAUCCAGGUGGACAUUCCAAUCAUUCAGGUGAAGUUAUCAAUGGUCCUGAUCGUACAGUCACUGUAUCGGAAUCACUGAAUACUAAUUUUAUCGAAAAUGAAUCACGUCCAAUUGGUUUUCAUGAUGGAUUAGGUUCAUUGACAACAUCAGGUUUAUCAAUGGAUGGUUUUAUGGCAGAAUCCGGUGAUGAUAUAACUAUUACUAGUCCACAUAAUGGUUAUUUUUUAAAAUCCAGGACUGUAGCUGGUCUGCCUAGUUCUGUAACAGGUCUUCGACCAGUUGGUUUACCACCACAUCAUCCUUAUCAUCAUCAUCAUUACAAAACUAGUAGUUCAGCAAUGAGGCGCGGACGCAUUAGUACUCCAGCACCAACUAGAAGUGGUAGUGGUAUGGGUUAUUUAACUGAUCCUGAUCUACUAGAUAUUGAUGCUUAUCCGUCUGUACAAAGUUGGUUAAGGCCUACUGCAUCAUCAUCAUCGAAAUAUGAAAAGUCUUUCAAAAUUUAUCCUUAUGAAAUGUUAAAAUUAUCAUCAAAUCAAUUGUUGAAAGGGGUGGAUCGAACACAGUUAGAGUGUUAUCUAUCAACGGAUGAAUUUGAACGUUUAUUCAAUAUGUGCCCUGAAGCAUUUCAACGUUUACCUGAAUGGAAAAGGAAUGAUUUAAAAAAGAAAUUAGAUUUAUUAUAA